CAGGACAGAGUGCAAGAGCUGAGAUUCACUGGAGGAGACAUUGUGUUUGUUUCUUGACAUUCUGGGAGUAAAAAAAGAAUGAUUACGAUCACAGAAUUUCAAAAGGUUGGUGUUGGAAUCUCAUCUUUUGGCAUCUUUUUUAUCCUGUUUGGUGUGCUGCUCUAUUUCGACAGUGUUCUCCUGGCCUUUGGAAAUAUCCUCUUCCUCUCAGGCCUGGCAGUAAUCAUUGGCUUGCGGCGCACACUGUACUUCUUCUUCCAGCGCACAAAACUGAAAGGCUCUGCAUUUUUCCUUGGGGGAGUGCUCAUGGUGCUACUGCGAUGGCCGGUCACAGGGAUGAUGCUUGAGUCGUAUGGAUUUGUGGUCCUAUUCAAAACCUUCUUUCCAGUGGCUUUUGGAUUCCUUGGUUCACUGGGCAAUAUUCCAUUUUUAACAUCGCUCUUCAACAAGCUAUCAGGAAGUAGCACCUCCUUGGUGUGAAUUGGACCAGCUGCAAAAUCAAUGGUCAACAUGUCAGUGGAAGAAGAGACAAGCAAGUCAACAUGGACAUUGAGUGCUCCUGUCUUCUGCCUUGGAGACAGAAAAAGAACCAUGUCAUCAUCAUUUAUUUUUUUCUUGAAUAUGCACAGCAGUGGAUUUGUUUUAGACAAAGACCUACCAGGUAGCUUUUUGUGUUACUGACUAAAUAAUGAAAUGUUUACAAUGUGCACAUAUUGUUGACUGUAUUUUACAAAUAAAUGUAUUUAUAGGUU